UUCAAGUUGUCAGUUGUCAUUUUUGCGGUUACGUGUUGACGUAAUGAUCUAACUCCUCCCUAAUUCAAAAAUGCAUAUUUGUUGGUAGUUUUUUAAUAGUUUUUGUAUUGAAUAUUAAAGUUUCAAGUAGAUUUAUCAAGUGAAUCUGGUGUUGAAAAUAGCUGAGAAAUGUGGAAAGCUACCGCUGGAACUCAACUGGAAGUUCUGCCAGAUGGAACCGAUGACUGGGACACCGAUCCAGACUUUGUAAACGAUGUUUCCGAGCAAGAACAAAGAUGGGGCUCAAAAACAAUCGAAGGUUCUGGAAGGACUGCUGGUACAAUCGAUAUGACCCAGCUGAGAGAAGAAGUAGCCAAGGCUGAUGCGGUUCAAAAGCAGAAGCAGAUGGAAGAAGGCCCUAAAGCGGCGUUUGGAUAUGGAGGGAAGUUUGGCGUCGAGAAAGACAGAAUGGAUAAAGCGGCAGUGGGUCACGAUUAUGUGGCAAAACUUGAAAAACACGAGUCACAAAAAGACUACAGCACUGGUUUCGGAGGAAAGUAUGGAGUCCAGAGUGACAGAAUAGAUAAAUCUGCCGUGACGUGGGAGCACAAAGAGGCACCUCAGAAGCACGCCUCGCAGAAAGACUACAGUUCUGGGUUUGGCGGCAAAUUCGGAAUCCAGGCAGAUCGCCAGGAUAAGUCAGCUGUUGGCUGGGAUCACGUUGAGAAACUUGACAAGCAUGAGUCACAAAAAGACUAUAGCCAGGGCUUUGGUGGUAAAUUCGGCGUGCAAGCGGACAGACAGGACCAAGCAGCGGUGGGGUGGGACCAUUUUGAGGCGCCCCACAAACAUCCCUCCCAAAAAGAUUAUGUGGUGGGAUUCGGAGGUAAAUUUGGAGUGCAGGCUGACCGACAGGACAAAUCAGCUGUGGGAUGGGAUCAUGUGGAAUCGGUGCCCCGCCAUGAAAGUCAGAUCGAUCACAAGAAGGGCUUUGGUGGCAAAUUUGGCGUUCAGAGUGACAGGGUUGACAAGUCGGCGCAUAAUUUUGACGAGGAUGUCAAAGUCGGCACCAACUAUGUCAAAACUAAGCCUGAAAUUGGGUCAGCCAAACCUUCGAAUCUGCGGGCGAAAUUCGAGAAUAUGGCGAAACAAGGAGAGGAAGAAGCGAGAAAAAGAGCUCAAGAAGAGAAGGAGAGGCGAAAACUAAGGGAAAAGCAGGAAGAAGAAGAGGCGAAACGUUUGGAAGAGAGAAGGAUAAAAGAACUGCAAGAAAAUGAGAAAGUUGUAAAACCAUCAGAAGAAAAGCCAAGUGAGGAACAAAUCCAACAAACUCCUCCACAACCCCAAGCUCAACCAACUCAAGUUCAACAAGCUCAAGAUCAACAACCGAAAGUCGUUCAACAACAACAACAACAGCCACCAAAACAGGAACAACCGAAGCAGGAAGUUGUGAAACAACAGGAAGAAGUGGCCAAAGUAGCCGCGGAUGUCUCCAGCAUGCAUCUGAACAGCGCUGCAGUUGCGAGGCAAGAAGAGCUCAGUCGGCAAAAUGAGCCGGACGCUAAUAUUUAUGAUGACGUGCCAGAUGCCAUGCCAGAAUCAGAAAACACAAGGAGUACUGACCUUGGGGCGCAGCAGACGACACCAGCUGGCGUGCAGCAAUCAGCUGUUAACAGCAGUCAGCAAUCAGUUGUCAACAGCAGUCAGCCACCAGCUGAUGCUGACGAAAUUGACGCCUAUGGUAUGGAGGAGACCGGCUAUUCAGCUGUGGCGCUUUAUGACUAUCAAGCUUCUGCGAGUGACGAAAUAUCCUUUGAUCCUGAUGACGUCAUCACAAAUAUUGAAAUGAUUGACGAGGGAUGGUGGAGGGGCUACUGCCGUGGUCAAUAUGGAUUAUUCCCUGCCAACUACGUUCUACUGCAGUAACAUUAUGUUCUAAAGGCUUUUAAAAUAUUAAUUUAUUCACAACUACAUAAUUAUUUAUCAUUGUAAUCAGUAUUUUAUAUAUUUUCUACUACUUUGCCAGUCAAUUUUAUCACUAUUAUUUCAAUUUGAAUUCGCUGAAGGAGGUGCUGUAUAUUGUAGCAUUGUGUCAAAAUGACUCACAGCAUUAUUAUGUGCAAUAUCAGGCACGUCUAUGUCGGCUGUGAUUAUGAAUAUUGUAAGUAUUCAAUUUUUAAUAACAUACAUUAUAACUGAACAUAAUCAAAGAAACCUGUAAUUCAUCUAUCAUGAAUGAACGAUUCAAUUAUAAAAUUAAUGUAAUAUUGAAUAUGUUUAGUAAAAUACUUUGAAUAGUUCCA